AUUGUAAAUUUUGUGCAUUUUUGGCAAAUUAAUAAAAAAUGGGUUCUUCUUCAAGUGGAAAAAAACAUAAAAAAGACAAAAAAUACAAACAUCGUAGCGUUGAAGGAAUUGAUGAAGGUGAAAGUUCAUCUUCGCAUCGUCACCACAAGCACAAACGCCAUAAGGAACACAAGGAUCGGCAUCGCCAUAAAAAACAUCGUGAUCGUGACCAUGAUCGUGAAAAGGAACGUCGCCAUCAUACAGAAGUUAUUGCCUUAGAAGAGUCGGAUUCAGAUGACAGUUCUGAUUGCGUUGAGGUACCUCUUGAUGAUAACCCAUUAAGAACUUAUGGACAAGAUAGUGAUGUUGAAUGUGAAGCACCACCGCCGCCACAGUUGUCAAAGCAUGUUGUGGAACGUGAAAAAGAUCAUGAACGCCAAAAGGAUAGGGAAAAGGAUAAAGAUUGGAUUCGUGAACGUGAGCGAGAAAAGGAAAGAGACCGCUAUGAAAGGGAACGGGAAUUGGAGCGCCGUAAAGAAAAAGAUAUGGAACGAGAUCGAAUUGAAAGAGAACGAGAUCGAGACCGAGAAAGGGAUCGUGCUCGAGAUAGAGACCGGGAACUACGAGAAAAAGAGCGUGACAGGAUAGAACGAGAUCGUGAGCGAGUUCGAGAACGGGAACAGCGUUUUGAACUUGACAGAAGUAACCGAGAUCGCGAACGGGAUCGAGAACGUGAGAAAAUAAUUGAUAAAUCAAAAGAUCGACAGGUUCGAGAAACCAGAUCUCCUUCACCUAUUCCUGAAAAUGGCGCAGGAGAUUGUCUUUCCAUUGAAGAAACAAAUAAACUACGUGCUAAGUUAGGGCUGAAACCUCUCGAAGUAGAUAGUGGACCUUCAAAGCCAGCUACUUCAACCGCAGCUGCUGUGGAAGCCAAAAAGGUGCAGCCAGGCGAAAAAGAACUGUCCUCUUAUAAAGACGAAUGGGGGGAAUUUUUGCAUAAACCUGCGUCGAAUUUAAAAGAAAAGGCCGAAGCAGAAAAAAUGAGAGAGAAACUGAAGCAACGAAAGGAGAAAAGGUUUUUGGAGGAACAAUUAGCACGCAUACGUACAUUAGGUGAAUCUGACGAAGAAACGGAUGAUGUCUCUAAAUGGGUGUCUCGAAACCGCCGGGUUAUCGAUGAAAAAAGAGAAGCUGAAAAGAGGGCGAGAAUGAUUGAAGAAAUGGAUGCUGAAUUUGGCGUAAACGAUUUAGUAGAAAAAGAAAAAGAGGCAGCACGCCGAAAGGCUUACAAUGAUAAGCAUCUCAAAGGUUUACGAGUAGAACACGAUAUGGACGAGUUCACUGAAGGCAAAUCAGUCAUACUGACUCUGAAAGAUAAAGACGUUUUGGACGAAGAAGAAGAUGCUCUGAUAAACGUGAAUUUGAUUGACGAAGAACGGUAUCGUAAAAAUGUUGAAAAUAAGAAACAAAAUCAUCUAAGCUACGGAUACAACGUAUACGAAGAACAGUAUGAUGAGCUGGGUAAUCCAAUAGAACGUGGAAUAUUGGAGAAAUACGAUGAGGAUAUUGACGGAAAUAAGAAAAAGAAAGAAUUUGUCAUUGGCGAUAACGUAGAGGAACAACGCGAGCAUCGUAGAAAAUUACUAGAGAUAAAAACAAAACUCGCAGGAAAGCGUUUGGAAACCUUGGAGGAUGCCAGAAUCGAACUUGCUUCUGAUACAUAUUCCGAAGCUGAAUUGACGAAAUUCAAGAAACCGAAGAAAAAAGUAAAGAAACUAAGGAAAAAGUUGAAGGUCGAAGAUCUGCUUCCAUUAACUGAUGAGCCAUUGGAGCAGCAUUUAGGGAGCCGACGAGAUCGGAAUCGGGAAGCGGAAAGUAUGGAUAUAGAUGACACAAAAGACGUGGUUUCACAAGUAAAGGUAGAAGAAGCUGACGAUGACCUUGAACGCAUACUUUCCAAAGCCCGAAAGUUAAAACAAAAGGAGAAUAUAAUUAAGAAAUCACUUCCCAUCGAUAUAAAUAGCAUCAAGGAUGAGAUCAAAACAGAACCCGUUGAUGGUGCAGACGGCGAGGGCGGCAUCCGUGGUGCAGACGGCAACAUAGUACUCAACGCUACUGCUGAGUUCUGUCGUACCCUUGGUGAUAUACCCACCUAUGGCAUGGCUGGCAAUCGAGACGAAGAUUCCAAUGAUAUGAUGGACUUCGAAACGAAUGACGGCAACGAAGAUCGAUAUAACGAUCGGCACAAUGAACCGGAACUUAAUCAUGGAACGUGGAAUUCAGUUAAUCCAGAUGAAGUCAUACAGCCAGCCGAAUUUGAAGAUAUGGGCGAUAAUUUGGAGGAGGUUGCCAUUUUGGAUGAGGAGCCAGACGUCAGCGCUGGUGUGGCGAACGCAUUACGUUUAGCCCUAUCGAAGGGCUAUUUAGAGAAAGAGGAGCACAAUAGACCAAGCAACUCAAAGAUGGCACAUCUGCAAGCAAAGAAUUAUUCUAUUGAAGACAAAUCAGCAGUGGAAGAUGAUAAGUUUGGACGACGUGAUCGUUUCCACGCCGGUCCUAUUAUGGAAUUCAAAGACAAAGACACUUUCAAACCAAAUGUGAAGUUGGAAUACAUUGAUGACAAUGGCCGCAUUCUCAACUCGAAGGAAGCUUUCCGAUAUUUGUCCCAUAAAUUCCAUGGAAAGGGACCGGGAAAGAACAAAAUCGAGAAACGUUUGAAGAAAAUGGAGCAAGAAGGCUUGAUGAAGACGAUGAGCUCCACAGACACUCCUUUGGGCACACUCACUAUGUUGCAGCAGAAGCAAAAGGAAACGAAGACACCGUUCGUGGUACUUAGCGGCGGCAAGCAGACCGCUGCUGUUACCGGCGCCACAAUAUCCAAAUAUAAAUAGGAGAUUUUCUAUGUAAAAUUCUUUAUUUAAGAAAUUUGCGGUUGCACUCUUCGUAUCGUUAAGUAUUGUAGCCCUAUGAUAACCUAAACUUUCACCAUAUAAUUACCCAGUCGUAACCAGUCUGCAUUCCCAUACAAUACCAAAACGAAAAUUGCAAUAGCCCAAACGGACAAUUAUGAAGUGGUCAUUAAGCGUUGAGGACCCACAGCUCACAACAUUUAUUAAAUAGUCCUUCAAGAUAAACUAGUAUUGUAGAAUAACUUAUUUUUUCUAAAUGUCUACAAUAAAUCUGAGAUGCAUGAAACCAGACACAAUACGGAAAAA